GUAGUUGAUUAUUAUUAAUGGUGUCGUAAUGCAAGUUACAUAUAUUGUUGCUUUGAAAAUCGCAAAAAGUGGGAGACCGUUUACUGACGGUGCACUUGUCAAAGAAUGCUUAGUGGAGUGUGCAGAAAUAUUGUGCCCAUCUCCUGUAACCAACUUUGAGUCCGAGCAAACAAUUUCUCGUCGGAUACUUGAACUUGGUGCAGAUUUAAAAGAACAACUGCGGGGAAAUGUGCCCAUUUUGUGGAGUAUUCUAUAGCUCUCGAUGAAAGUAAAGACAUUUCUGACCCAGCAUAAUUAGCUGUUUUCCAAGUUACGGUGACAUACCCUUUUAUUGUGUUACGCGCUGGUUAAGCUGCGCAAAAGUGCUAAAGAUUUUUUUUUAAAUCAUUGACGACGUUGAGAUGUUUAUGCAAAUGAGAUUUUUAUGACACCAUCUUCAGUGCUUUUCGAAACAGAACCGCCGCAGUUCCAAAUGGAGCUGAUUAAGCUUCAAUGCGAU